GCGUGUGCAGUGCUUAAUACACUAAGGUAUGUUCAUUCUCGUCCCUUGGAUGAUACAACCCAUCACUGGUCCGUUCUUGAUGUCCAGGGUUUGAAGCACACCGCACAUCCUCACCCCCUUCGCCCACCCGCAGCGAAACCCUCGCAGCAGCGUGCUCUCUCAUCACUUCGAAUUGCUCGAAUCUGCGCUUACAUACAUGACGCCGUGACAUCUCUGUGCCGUAUGCAAACAUCGUGAGAGCGAGGAGCCGCGGAUAGUAGGGAUGGGGAUUGGCAAGAAGAUGACGGCGCAUUGAACACCACAUCACAAUUGUAUCCUGGCUAGGCUUGUGUACCAUCGAAUUGCGAGACAGGAGCGGAUCUGAAUGAUUUAAAGAACGGAAGAUUUCUAUAACUUGGAAUAUGGUUGAAUGACUCAGUUUUCUCAACAGAAGCUCUGACCUGGAGCUCUUCCACUGCAGGUAAUACUGAACUUUAGUCAGAGAUUACAUUACACUUGCAAUGCUCUUGAUUGAACUGUCAAAAGCACAUCGUACUCAGAUUCGAUAACCUCCCGACGGGCUUCAACGGGCUUGUUAUCAGCGUCAACGCACCAGCUGCCUCGAGAUAAGAAAUUUCUCCAGUGUCACCGAUCAAUCACAUCAAGAAGGAUGACACAGGAGCGACUGCAGGAAUCUCUUUCGUUAGAGCUAAGUGUCACGAAUAUCCGAGAAAGAUAGCAAAAAACAGCACUUUCACAUUUGAAGAGGAACACCUGAAGCAUAACUGCGGUUGUUCGAACCAACCAACGAGUAGAAGCUUCCAUUCACUUGUAACACGUUCUGGAAGACCACGUCUUUUACCUUCGACAACAAGUCCAAUUUGGAAUGGCACUUGUCAGAUAACGUCGUCCUGGGCAAGCAUGUGAUAGAAAGAAGAACGGGGAAAGGCAAUCCUGGAUACUAGUUUUUUUGUUUUCUUUUUUCCCUUUCUUCUUGUGUUUUUUUCCGCUACUAUCUGUCCAUCGUCUAUUUCAUGCAGUUGGUCACCGAAGCCGGGCGAAUCCUUUGUUGUUUUUUUUUUUUUUUUUUUUAUCUUACUUCUGAUACCAAUGUUGAGUAGAUAUUGCUAGCCCUGUGUGCGUGUGUGUGUCCAGUGCUGAAUACAGUAAGGUACACCAUUGUUUAUCAGUAGGUUCAUUAUUGGGUCACCUCGGAUUCGCUUGAACUAGUCUCUUGCAUUCAUUGGUGAAUUUUGAAUUUUGAGGUGGAAAUCCGCGUGUUGGAGCCUCUCCAUCUUCGCUUUCGGACGACCCCAGAAUCAGUCAAAUUGGAGUUAGAACGAAACUUUUUGGCAACAAUUCAAGUGGUCAACUGCCCCUUUGCACCUUGGAUUACCCUACCAACUUAUGAGAGAAGCAAGGAUGAACUGUGAAAUAUUGGAUUGCUACAAAUACUGGUGAUGUUAAACUCUAACAACAAGCGAAGGAUUGUUCCAGUAGUUGGUAUCGUAGUCCAAGGGAACUUGGAUUGUCAUGCAUUCUUGCAUUGAUAUGCACUCUUUACUUGUUUGUUUAUUUGUUAUUUUCAAAAUUCAAGCUUUAUGGAUGAAGAUUGGCAAGAAGAUGAUGGCACAUUGAACAACAUAUCACAAUUGUAAUUUGGCUAAUCAAAUUGCAAGAUAGGAGCUAGUUUGAAUGAUUUAAAGGGUGGAAGACUUCUGUUACUUGGAGUAUGGUGAGAACAUCUUCAAACUUGUUCUUCUAUUAAGAUUCUUAGUCUUUUUUGAGGAUUAAGCUAUUUGUUGCAUAGGGUGGAUUUUUUAUUGAUUUAUUUAUUAAUUUGUGUCAUUUAUAUAAUGAUUGAUUUAGAAAAUAUAAAGGAUUGGAGAAUAAAAAGCUUAUAAAUUGAAUAAGAGAAGUUGAUAAAGGAGAUGUGCUUACUCAAUGCUUCAACUACAAUCAUGAAAUGGAGAUAUUAUUAAAGUUUAAAGUUGUAUUGAAUAGAAAUCAAUGUGCAAAUAUUUGCAAACUACUUGGUCGUGUUAUCAAAGUAUUUGAAGGCUUGAGAGCUUGUAGCAAUAAAAGAAGUGAAUAUGAAGUUUUAUUUUGAUAAUUUCAAUAUACAACAUUGAAGAUAUACAUGUUGAUAAAAGAGUGUGCACAAGAACAGUGGUGUGAAGCAAGUAUCUUUCAAAUAGAAAACAAAGAAAUGUUUAGAGAGUUGUCAUGGGACUUGAAGAUUUAUUAUGAAGUAGCAAUAGAUCUACUUGCCAAAAAGUGUUCAAAAAAAUUAGAGGACAUUGUACCAAUAAUGUUUGAUGUUCCUACUUUUGAAGAUGUUAAACAUGAUGGUGAAGAACUAUGUCGACGAUUAAUUUAUAUGAAUAAAGAUGUUCAAUAUGAAGAUCAUAAAUUGGCAAACUAUUUAUUAGUAAGAUUGAAGGAGUUGUAGCGCAUAGAAGGUGGAGAGAUGGAUUCUUUGCAAGUAUCAAGUGAUAUCAAAAGUUUAGAGCUUGGAAAA